AGUGGCUCCAGCUCCAGAGGAGAACAGCGCAAGCAGAGGAACACAAAACGCAGGAUCAUCCACAGUUAAGGAGUCUGAGUCACAGUCCGUGUUCUGAAUCACAUUGGGCAUUUCUUUAGUCUUUAAUAGUGGAAAAAGGUCGUGGAAAUAAGAAAGAAGAGUAAAGGAGCCGAAGUAGAACUACCUGCUAAGGGAGUUGAAAAGCCCCGACAUUGGUUCAUCUUUUUCUACUUUUUGUGUGAUUUAGAUGAAGCACCACCACGACCCAACUAAGGAUGAUAUGAAGAGAGGACUACACUCUCAAAGAGGAAAACGUAUUACAUAAAAAAUAACCUGUGAUUACUAUUGCUUCGUAUGGUGCAGCCGCUGUGUAGCCUUGUCCACAUGCACUGUAUCCGUAACCUAACCUAACCUAACCUAACCUGUCAUUGGUCAACGUAUUACUUAAGCUGCACAUUAGGAGCUCUAAUACAGGUCGCGGAUCGCCAUCAGGAUCCGAUGGAGGCGGCGAUUUGGGCUUGGGCAUGUUCAGCGUGAUGCCUGUUGCUCCGAGGGACUCACCUACUCCUGUUACUAAUAGAGCGCCGCUUCCCUGCUCUCGGUUAAGGGCUCUUGGAAGUGAGGGGGGCUCUUUCUAUGUUGAGCAUAUCAUUAUUAGGCCCUUUAUUUCAAGGGGGAACGUUCAAGGGGGGCCGUAGAUAUGCUCAGAGCUAGAGAAGGCAACUUGGAGCCGCUAACUCGCGGAUCCGGGUCAUCCUCUCCCUUGGGACCAUCCUCUGCCAGUAACACUCCAACUUAAGGCUUGAGAGUCAUCCUCCAUCUUGAGAGUCAUGAUAACUGUUGUAGAGGCAACAACAUCUUUUGAGUCAUAAGAAAUCUGCUUCAUCUAUCCUUGAGCCACAACCGGUUACUUAGUUUUCCCUCUAUCCUUAGGCUUAUCCUUUCAGACAAUCUGCUUCAUCUAUGUAUGUAUCUUACAACGCAACAACAUCUUAAAGGCAUCUUUCUCUUUGCUUUGUUGAAGGGUCGGAGAGAGCACACGUAGUAGACGCUGAAAGGACUUUCUAGAACUAGAUGAAGAUUGGAAUUUUAGCAAGAGGUUGCUCUUCUAAGCAACCUCAUCCCCAUCCUUCGGCACCAAAAAUCCUACGACUGGAACGACGCAGUCGUCAUCGGCUGGACCUUUCUUCGUCACAAGUCCCGGCACAUCGUCGGCCAGGCCAUCGUCCUUUGCUACGAACCCUGAUGCAAACGCAGUGAACGGCACAUCUACAGCCUUCCGCAAAAAGGGAGCCACCAAAGAAACGGAAACGACGGGGAAAAAUGAGGUAUGCGUACGGGAGAUCCAAAAUAAGUAAUAUAACUAUCUGAAUCUGCAAAAUGAUCUUCAUUAUGAGCAUGCCAUAAUAGUAAGCAUUCAAACACUGAUACCGGUGAGAAUGUUGCGUGUAAGUACAGAGUUUUUUGUUUCUUUGAGAACGAAGUUCCGAUGGAAACUCAUACGUAGCAGGCGUUUAAAACAUCACUGAAGGCUAGAGACUACACUAUUAUUGUUCUCUAAUAGAUCAAGAAGCUGAACCUCCCGGAGACGAAACGUCUGCACCCGCACGCAGCCCAGCGUCAUCUAUUACGAAUGCGAAAUAAACGUGACAAGAUACUGAUUGAACUCAACCAUGAGUGUAAAGUUUACUCAAACAUGAGUGUAUAAAGUAAGUUUACUCACAAUCUCAAACAUCAAUUAUGUUAUGUACGUGUACCUGUACCACUGGUCUUGAAGAGCUGACGUAGAGUCUUCUAAGUCAGCAGACGCCGGAAACGCUGGCUCGUCCUCUAAGGGCAGCAGAUCGCCCUUACCAGAGGGUCUGGCUGGGAAACAGCAUUAUAGUAGCAAGCAAGAAAGGUCUCCCCACCAACUGGAGAAGGAGGAGGGUCAUUUAAGGGCUUCGACAUUGCAUUCUUCACUACCAUCCUCCACUCAUUUUGCAGUAGGAAAAGGGUCAAAAGGGUGAUUUGAGGAGUGCAAUAUCGCAACCUCUAAGUCAUGAAGUGGCAAAACAGGUUAAUGUCAACAACAGCACCGCGGGAGGCGGCGAGCCCUCUACUAACAUCAUGACAACUAAAACAGAGAAUGCUCUCGCACAACUCCAACUCGGAGCCAACAACGGAACGUCGUUAUCUUAAGGCUUUCCGAAUUACAUUCCGCAAUACUAUCCUUGACUUGGCUAAUUUCCUCCCAAUAGGAAAGGAGCCAGUGAUCAUGUUCUGAUGAAUGACGUAAAGAUUCCGUAACCUGAUCUAAUUAUCGAGUUCCCCUCCUGCGUCGUCCGCGGUCCCUUCUACUCGAGGCCGACGCGUGUCAACCCUCGCGAGCAUUGGCUCGUCCGUGGUACGCUCCCCUCCGGCAAGUCUACGAGCAGGUCAGGCGGGAACUACAAGUUAAGGCUCAGUACAGUUCAUUUCUAAUACGCAUGUUUCCUUAUUUGUAUUUCCUUGUUACUUAGGAUAAUUGGUUGUAUUUUCUUCUUCAGACUAUGAAUUGGUUGUUUUCCCUAUUAAGUUGUAUUUCCUACUUCUUAGGACAAUUAUUUGCAUUUCCUUCUUUGGUAUUUCUUUCGUAGGAGUGAUUGGGAGGGCUGCAGGCUCUUCCCUUUCGGAUAAGUAUGGCACUACAAUAAAAAAUGAGGCAGGAAAUGAGCAGCGUAGUUGAGCUCUAAGCAACUACAAGAGGAUCUGAUCCGAAUGCGAUGGACGCGGAUUCAGUUUUCAACCCGAACAACCUGCAAGGCCCCGGUCAGUUGGCGAGGGAGUUGGCCAGAGAGGCCACAGCGAAGACAGUCGAAGCGGCGACGGCGAGUAACGUCGCAGAGCGGCUACAGCAAAUGAGACAGCGCAGUGAGCAACUUCGCGGUGAAGAUUCUACGUGGAUGGAUGAACGCGACGUGUUUCACCUUGACGAAGAAAAGUUAAAGGCUCAACAGCGUCAGCUCAAAGAACAACAAGAAGACGCGGCACGAGGGUGCUGUGCCACUGGCGCUGCCUCAGACGUCGCAGGCAAUCAAAGUUGAGGCUUGUGCUAAUUCAUCUUGAGAACCAUCUAGGAAGGUUUUCCCUAAUGGUCCAUCUUCCGAGAAGGCAUCCUGGGAGAGACGUUUUCAACUGGAAAACAGUCAACGGGAAAGCACUGGCCCAAGGAUGGACUCUGAGAGAUAUCGACUGGGAUGAGUGAGCUCUAACAAAGUGGAGGAACUACUAUGCGGGACUCGCGUCGUUGUGGUACCCGCAGGAGAACAAGUGAUAUCACCUCUUCCCGCGGCAACCUACACGCGAAUCCGUCAGCCGAAGCGGCCGGACAGCAGACAACUGGAGGAAGCAAGGAUUGCGUCACGGGACCAAACUGUUAAGGACUGCGUUAUUGAGAUAUUUAUAAAUUUCAAUUUUGCUGGCCUACUUCUCAAAUUGUUCAUGGGAUCUCUGUCCUGUGAUCUGGAUUUUUUUCAUCUCAAGUGGAAUAUGUCUUUUUGACUAUCUAAGGUUCACAAGCUUACUCAUUGGAUCUGCUUGAGUAGACUGAAAUCUGAACCAGUUAGCUUCCCCUCGUCUAGCAAGCCUUAGAGUUUCCCUUCAUGAAACAGAAUAAAGAGAGAUUAUCCACCUUAUGUGUCGACAUCUUCUUCAGCCUCUAAACUGGCAACGAUGAUGGCGGGAGUUCGUGUGCCGAAGCGGCAUGUGAAGAUGAAGCAGGUGAUGUGCCGAGCACCAGUACGCAUGAGGGAGCCAUAUUGCCCUCUGAUGAGGAAGCUCGCCUUCACUUGAUGGAAGCCCUGCCUGCGUUGCGACCCGGCGAAUUCGAUAAUUAAGACCUGAAGAUUGAUUCGUCAGUCCGCAUACGGUUCAUUGAUUGAGCUCGUUUCGAGUGAACAAGUACCUCGAGUGAACAAGUACCUCGAUUGAUUGAUCGAGUGAACAACUACCUUGUUCCCAGAGCUUGAGGAUUCCUUUGCACCUCUAAGGUAACCAAGAGCAAGAGCAGCAGUGUGACGAGGUUGUGGCAAUGAUUUCCCAUUUUUUUGACACGCCGAUUGCUUUGAUCUCGGUCGUAGGUGGCCAGUAUCAAUGGUGGAAAUCCUGCAUCGGCCAGCUGGGCUCCGACCACACUAGCCGUGAAGUUUCUUUUAAGGAAGCCCACUUGGCUGUAGUUGUAGUAGUUGUAGUAAGUUCUGCUCGUUGUCGACGACCUAGAAGAAGUACUUACUUACUGAGUGUAAUUUUCGUCUAGUGAAGGAGGUUUUUUUUUUGCCUCGUGGAAGUCCUAACUUUUCGUUGUCGACCUUAUAAUUCACAUUGAUUCAUUUUCAUCAGUGUGUUGUAAUUUGUAUGUGAUGUGUGCGUGAUCUUGUGAAAGAAUGGAUUGUAUUCUCUAAUUUCUUCUGUGCUCACACUUUGCUGCCGUCCACGCCUGAAAUCUUGUAUGUGCCUGACGCCACACGUGAUCCCCGCUUCAAUUAUGGCUAUAACCGCUAAAGCAAAGGCUUUUCCUCUUCCAUCUUCGGAAGCAUCAUCCCUGGCUCUUUCUCUAGUACUGGAAAAAGAAGCCCUCAAAAGGAUAUGACUCGCAAGGAAGAUGGGAACGUUUGACGGUACAGGUCACCCUGUGGACGGCGAACCAACACCUAACUUAGCCUGGUUCUAAUUCAAGAACUCGCCGCUCGUCCUUGGGGAGCCUUUCAUCCGAUUUUAUUGUGGUGCGCCGAUCGUGGUGAGGGGUACGCGUGUGGGCGCUUUGUGUGUGAUCGACACCGUUCCUCGUGAGGACGUGGACGAGGAGAAUUAAGGCUCCUCGCUAUAAGAAUUGCUUUUCUUCUGCACAUUUUUUAGUACUUCUCACCUUCACGUCAUCUUGUUUUCGGGUUUCUAGUCCUUGAACUGAAACACGGGGCAAUCUUCAUAUGACAGCUCUUUCUUGGAUUAUGAUUAUGUGCAUGACCUCUUAAAUUAAAAGAAAAUGAUGAACAAAAAUGAUUUUUGUGAGCUCUUCUAAGAGAAGGUGAUGUUUUUGCGUAACUUCGCUGACCUCGUUGCCAGCAUUUUAACGCAUGACGAAAAUGUUAAGGCUUACCGUAAUUCAUCUUCUUGAGAUGCAUCUUUGGCCCCUUUUUCUAAGGGGCACACACCCAACAGAGGACUCCCAAGAUGAGUAGCUUUACGGUCUAAAAAUGAAAAAAGUGUUGACGUGCAAACGGUGUCUCUCCAUGGGUUGCCGGCUUUCCAUAUAGAGAUGCAAGGACCUAUGCCAAAGGAAUGGAGUUUGCUCUUUUCGAAUGGCCCAGGAAGAAACUUUUUGCUCAAGUCUCGCGACGCGUUGAAUGCUGGCGCGCCGGUCGUGACAGCACCCACUACUGUUAUGCGACAAUGCGUAGAAUAGUUUCUAACAAAUAGAGUUGUAACUACACUAUGAAUGUGCUGCAUUUUGUGAGUACAUGUUAUGGGAUACUUCACAGAAUAGGAUAAAGCAAACCGAAAUCCUACAUGCUAAUCGCGAGGCGACCAGCGUGGUGAGCAGUGCUAUUUGCGACACUCCUCGCCUGACCGAGUUGAACACGGCAGCGGUGGAAAAUGACUCGGCUUUGUUAAGGCUUCCUAGAUUUACAGUCUUCCAGUAUUAAGUAUAUGGGUAGUGCUUCUAGAUAGAGACUAUUAUGUGGCUAUCUCAUUUAGUCUUCUAAGAUUGCCAACGCUGUCGGACGUGCUGCAAGUGGACGCUGAGGCAAUGUCGGCUCUGUUCUCGAGUGGGCCGUCCCGAGAAAGGUCCGUCUUCGUCUACGAGGCCUUUGCGCCUAGGAUCCAGCAACGAAUGACAAUGUAUUGGCAUCCAGCGCGCUUGCAAGUCUUAUGGCGCCAAGAUGAUUGAUCAUGGUCAGCGAAAGAUGAAGAUGACUUGACUCCUGCUACAACUUGCGUUGCAUAGUGGUCGUAGACUUCCUGACAUGUAUUUCUUGAGCGUAUAACAACGUAAAUCUAUUAUAGUACGCAGCUUGCAUCAGAGGACUUGUUGUUUCUGAUCAUGUUUGUAUGUCAAUUGAGUACGACGGAAUCAGGCAGCUUACGUUGUCACGUGGUUCGUCAAAUAUGAAUGAAUGAGUCAUGACAUAGAUCUGCUAAAUUGUGGGAGUAAUCAAGACACUCUGUAUGAUGGAAGCAGCUUCCCCUACCGCGAUGGCACGGUUUCGCAGAAUAAGGACGCUCUGCGUGGAUUUUUGGUUAUGCGACCUGAAGCGGUGCCGGUGGUUGAGACGACGCAGGGCACUACUUCUUCGCAGGACAAUACUUCCUCGCAGAAAAAGUUAUUCUUGCAAAGAUACAGAAUCAGAAAUGAUUUAUACUCUUUUGUCUUUCAUAGAAGAGUGGUUUCAUUCUUCGGUCCUCUCUAAGGCUUAUACGAGAUCACUUUCUAUGUAAGUGGUGGGGUUUACACUGAAGCUUUUUUGAUUUGUGCUGCAUGAAGAUUUUGUAUCUAUUUUAACUUAUUUCUGCUUAGGCGCAUCCUCUUUGGGCUUUCUGCUCCCCUGGAUGUUCUUUUACUUGUUCGCUUUUACUCAUUCCAGUAACACUAGCAAGCGUUCUCUGUUCAUCGUCUAAGAAUGGGACUAG